CGCAUCACAUACGGCAACUCCGCAACAAUUUUCUAUUUGGCCAGAAGACGAGUUUUUCACAAGAAAAAGCAGUUAUCAAUUGCCAAUUCUACAUUAAUGGAGUGAUACAAGUAAAAGUGUGCACAUUUUGUUAGCCAGGACGCUGCAGUGAGUGUUUGCGACUAGCCACAACAACAGUAGCAACAGAAGCAGCAGCAGCAGUGACACCAACAACAACAAUUGCAAAAAUUAAGCCAGCUGCAUUUGACAUCUCGCACUUGGGUCAGCGAUAUUAUUAUGGACAAGAAAUCAUCGCCCGUGCGACGACAAAAGCGCCAAGCGAAAGUAAUCGAGGAGAAUUUCUGGGACUGCAGCGUCUGCACGUACAGGAACUCGGCGGAGGCGUUUAAGUGUCGCAUGUGUGACGUGAGAAAAGGCACAUCGACGCGCAAACCGCGCCUGAACUCGGCGCUAGUCGCUCAGCAGGCGGCCACAUUGCCCGGUGCCAGUGGUGGCAACAUGCCCAACGGAAAGCCAGCAUCCAGUUCACGGCACGGCGGCGGACACGACCGGCAGCGGCACAAACGUUAUCCGGCACGUCUAAAGAACGUGGAUCGCUCGACGGCGCAGACGCGCGAGGUGACCGUGAACUCCGUCACUGUUUUCAUCACAGAAUACAAGGCCAAGCCGGUGAGCAGCCGGCGUGAGUCGAGUGAACAGAGCUUCAGCGAGAGCAACGAUAGCCGGAGUUAGGUCUAAUUUAUAAGCGCGCAAAUUUGUGUUCCAAAUUAUUUUAUUAUUAUAUUUUUUUUUAUCUAUAUACAUAUAUACAUGUAUAUAUAUUCUCUGUCGGCUGCUGGGCCAAAAUUCCUUGUCUACCUACACACACACGCUCACACACACAAACAUAAAUCCAAUGUCGUCUAAGUGUACAACUAAAAAUUGUAAAUUUUAAUAUUAGGCCUAAGUACAAUUGUAAAUCUAUAGCCUGUUCUUAAGUUAGCAAGUAUUAAGCGAUGUUUCACGUUCCAUCAACUGGAAGUAGUCAGCAGCCACAGCAGCAUCAGAUUAAUGUUGAUGAUUUACCCAUGCAUAAGUACUUCCACUUGUAACCUGGCUUUUUAGUGGCCGAUGACUGCAUUUAAAAGACGCUGUGGCUUAGCUCCAAUCUCACAAGGGGGAAACAUUGUAAUUGAAUGUGAAUUCGAGAACCUUGUACAUAUAUAUAAUUUCAAAAAACAAACAAACAUAUAAAAACAAAACUGUCUCGUAUUGUAAUAUUUGAUUCCUAAUUUAUUGAUAUAAACAUAUAUAUACAUUUGUUUAUAUUAUACAUAUAUAUACAUUUUUGUUCUACAAAUCUAUUGUUUAUAAGUGUCAAAUGAAAAUAUAAUUUAAUUUAAUUAAGCAAAGCAAGCGAAAUGUUCAAUGUUCACAUCACGCCCAUUAAAUGGGCAAACAAAGCGAUGGCACUAUUUGUAAACACAUUCAUCCAUAUGUAUGAUAAAUAUGAUUCUCAAUUUCUCUGUAUACCGUCACUGUUGAUCUAUGUAGGUUGCAGCAGAUCCAAUAACCAAGUUCAAGCGUCUCCAUUAAAUGGUUUGUCUUUCACUUAUA